AACCGGAAAUUGUGUUCCUGUUCCUGCGGCGGCCAAUAUGGCGGCUGAGACAAAUGAGAAUGAUUAUUUUGUGAGGGAAAUAGAGAAAAAUGACGGUUGUACCUUAAAGGUAAAGCAGUGCUACUUGGGAGACGUUGGCUGUGUUGUCUGGGAUGCUGCUAUCGUUCUUUCAAAAUAUUUAGAGACGAAACAAUUUUACGAGCCGUCUUCAGGAGUAAACGCGUGGGCAGACAGGAAGGUGCUGGAGCUCGGAGCCGGGACUGGAGUUGUUGGUUUGAUGGCUGCAACCCUGGGAGCUCAAGUCACUGUGACAGACCUGGAAGAUUUGCAGACUUUAUUGAGGCUGAACAUCCAGGAAAAUUGGGCACUUGUCAAUAGCGGAUCAAUUACUGCAAAGGUACUGAAAUGGGGUGAAGAUGUGUCUGAAUUCCUGCCGCCUCCACAUUAUAUCCUCAUGGCAGACUGCAUUUAUUAUGAGCAGUCUGUCGUUCCUCUGGUGGAGAGCUUGAAGCAGCUCUCUGGACCGGAGACCUGCAUCAUCUGCUGCUAUGAGCAACGCACAGAGGGUGUGAACCCAAAAGUGGAAAAGCGUUUUUUUGAGUCUUUACAGAUUUUGAGAAUACAAGGAGACUUGGCUGAUGUGGAAUCACAGACUACAUGAUUUUUCAGUCCAACUUAAGCCAUCUGAACGCAUCAAACUCUUGUGCAAACUCUGGUGAGGGCAACAGUUUGAAGAGUACACAAACAUACCAGUUGGUGGGGGUAACGCAUCAAUGGCUGUUGGCUAUCAUUAUUUUCAAAUGCCCAUUACCUCCUGUCAUCUUCUGAUGCUUUUUCAGUGUCCUGCCCUCUCUUUUUCAUUGGGUGUUGUCAAAACGUGUUUGCAGUUGGGUAGGUAGUAGUGGUGUAAAGGUACGUGUAUUCAUACCAUACUGAUUC